GAACAGCAGCAGAAGAAGCUCCCGCUCCUGCUGACAUUUUAUAUUCCGACACAGCGGAUUAAAAACGGUGAAUCUGAGCGCUGAGAUGCCGGGCAUGAUGGACAAAGGCUCGGAGUAUUUGGGGAAAGGUCGCUCGAACGGCACCAAGAGUCCGUCCAACGCCUCCAACGGACAUUUUUCUGACGAAAGCGGCAGCGACGACGAGCACGAUGUCGGGAUGCGGGUCGGAGCGGAUUACCAGGCCAGCAUUCCCGAGUUCGAGCCCGGUUCCACCAAGUACACGGAUAAAGACAGCGGAGGGAUGCUGGUCUGGUCCCCGUAUCACACCAUCGUAGACUCCAAACUGGAUGAAUACAUCGCUAUAGCCAAAGAGAAGCAUGGAUACAACGUGGAGCAGGCUCUCGGCAUGCUUUUCUGGCACAAACACAACAUAGAGAAGUCUCUGGCUGACCUGCCGAACUUCACUCCGUUUCCGGACGAGUGGACGGUGGAGGACAAGGUGCUGUUUGAACAGGCCUUCAGCUUCCACGGGAAGAGCUUCCACCGCAUCCAGCAGAUGUUACCGGACAAGUCCAUCUCCAGUCUGGUGAAGUACUACUACUCGUGGAAGAAGACUCGCUCCAGAACCAGUCUCAUGGACCGACAGGCUCGCAAACUGGCCAACAGGAGCAACCAGGACGACAGUGAUGAAGAGAUGGAGGAUGCCAAUCCCAUCGAAGCCAACGACAGCGACUAUGACCCCAACAAAGAAGCCAAGAAAGAGAACCAGGUGGAGGUGACGGUACCAGGCUCUAAGGUGGCUCUGGGUCGACGGGAGCACCAGACCCUGCAGCACCGACACCACCAGCGCUCCCGCUGCCGCCCCCCCAAAGGCAUGUACCUGACCCAGGAAGACGUGGUGGCCGUGUCCUGCAGCGCCUCUGCCGCCAACACCCUGCUUCGUCAGCUGGACAUGGAGCUAGUGUCCCUCAAGAGACAGGUCCAAAACGCCAAACAGAUGAACAGUGGGCUGAAACACAUGCUGGAGUCUGGGAUCGAAGAAUUCAGGCUGCCUGAGUGUAACCAGAAGGUGAAUGCUCGUUGGACCACAGACGAGCAGCUGCUGGCCGUUCAAGGUGUCAGGAAAUACGGAAAAGACUUCCAGGCCAUCGCAGACGUCAUCGGUAACAAGACGGUGGGCCAGGUGAAGAACUUCUUUGUGAACUACCGGCGGCGGUUCAACCUGGAGGAGGUGCUGCAGGAGUGGGAGGCGGAGCAGGGAACACGAGCUCCCAACGGGGACAGCGCCACCUCUGGAGAGGAGGGAAAGAACAGCUCCACCACUCCAUCAGGGAAGAGCACCGACGAGGAAGAUGAAGAGGGUCAGGUGACCUCCUCAGGUGCAUCUCCUGCUGCCUCCUCUUCUUCUGCAGCUCAGACUCUGGUGACGUCCAGCACCUCCUCCUCUUCCCUCCACCAGCCCCCUCCCCUCCUGCGGCCGUCCCUCCCGGCCACGCCCUCCCUGCACCGCCAGCCCCCACCCCUCCAACAGCAGGCCCGCUUCCUGCAGCCCCGCCCCACCCUGCAGCAGCCCCCACCUCUCAUUCGCCCCUCCAACCCCCUGCCCCCCCGUCUCAACCCCCGCCCUCCCACUCCCAUGACCCUCGGCGGUAACCCUGGGGGGUCAGGUCCGAGCUCCACCCAGCAGUCCUCGGGCCUGGUCAUCCACCAAUCAGAGACGGCUUCAUCUUCCUCCCUCCAUUAACGAACUUCUGUUGAAGAGACUUGAGAAAGAAAAAGUUCAGUGUCAGUCUGAAGCUGCUGCGUUCAGGUCCUGUGUGAAAAUCAGGACUUUCUGCUUCAGAAAAGCGACAGAGAUCUUCACUGCUUGUGAUCAGCUUUUCCAUCCUCACCACACGUUAACAUAAGCUCGACACAUUUACACAAAACAAAAAUUCUAAUCUGAGUUUUUAAUUCGCUGAACAAUGUAUUAGAGGUUGAAGUUUGUCUUUCCUACAGGUCUUAUAUGUAGCAUACCUGCUGGCUGAUGGGAAACUGAUUCCAAAAUCUUUGUUUUGACCUCAUUCAGUCUUUAAACAGAUUAUUAAAUGAUGUCCUUCCAGUCAUCAACUAAUCCUCAACAGACAUGUGGCAUCCCACAGGGUUCACACAAACUAAGACGACACAGCUGUACCUGUAAAACCUUUAAAACCUGUAAAACAGGUGUACCUGUAAAACCUUUCUAAGCCAGUGAUUUAGUCAGUUUCAUAAACUGCCUUUUGACUACAAGACUAAGAGUCUACAGCCGUGCUAGCAGCCUUACUUAGGCACAGCUGUGCUUCAAGCUGAAUGCUAAUGUCAGCAUGCUAAUGUACACAAUGACUGGUUCUAACUUCUGUUGUUUAGCAGGUGUAAUGUUUACCAUGUUCACUAUCGUAGUUUAACAUGGUAGCAUGGCAGCAUUUGCUAAUCAGCACAAAAACAGUACUGGAACUUGAACCAGUGACGUCACAUCCCUGCUGUGAGAAUGACAGUUUAAUGUUAAGUUUGUCCACUUAACAUUUUUAGAACAUUUUGUGGUGAGACUCUAAGAAACAAUUAAUCAUCAGGAUGUUGCUCGUUUAUUUAGCGACUGUAGUGAACUCUGCAGCCUCUUGGAAACGCAAGCAAGACUGUAAACUGUUAGCGUAGUGUUUAAAGGAUCAGUUUGGUGACAUUAUCUUUUUUAUUGUCAGCUAAUCCCAUGUGCAGACGUAAAUCCUUAAAAACAUCUCACAAAUAUAAAGUUUCUUUUUUUUUUUUAAAGUUUGAUGAGUUUCCUAAAACAGCUGCUUUCUGUGGGAGGAAUGGUUCAUUUUCCGAGGACUAUUUUCAGCUGUGGAUUAAUCCACAUUUUGUGCUCAAGUGAGAAUUGUGGUUGUGGUGGGCUGGACAUUGCACAUGUGACAUAUUUUUAAUGUGAUCUCUGGCUCAGAGGAAUGAGGCUGAUCGGGCUUUGACACACUUCCUGUUUGUAGGAGCGUUUCAGUGUCUUUGGUUCUGCACGUGGGAUUUGUUGACAAGAAGAAAAGACUGUCAGCAGUGUUGUACAGAUGGUGACAGAUGGAGAUUAAACUGAAGGCCUCAGUGUUGUGUACAGUAGCAUCAGACAUCAGUUUGUACAGUUUGGUGUUUAUUUGAAUCGUUUUUAACCCACGGUCCAUAAAUUGUUUGGUAACUGACGAACAGCUGCUGUACAUUUGGUUUUAUAGUUGAUUUGAUGCUUUUUAAAACACUAAAGUUUCACUCAGAUGUCCUUCAGGAUCUGUGGAAACGUCUCUGUCAGCUAAAUGAAAAAUGUCCCUCACUUUUCUUGUCAUUGUUUUGUUGUUGGGGUAAAUGUUCUCAGAGUAGCUGUUGUUUUUUUCUACAUGUUGAAGAUUCAUGUGAAAACUGAAAACCGUUUCACCGUCCCCUGGACUCCGAGCUUCAGAUAUGCUGUCUGUCAGUCUGUCUUUUUAUUAUUUAUUCUUCUUAUACCUGGUGCUACCAGUUUGGACUUGAUGUGAAAAAGUCAUUGUGAAAGUGCUCUUAAUGCUUUUUGGACAAACAUGUAUCACGGCAUUAAAUGUAACUGGAAUCAUAGAGUCAUACAUAGAGUCCUUUGAGUUUCCGUAGAACUUGUAAAAUAUUGAUGUUUUUCGAUGAAGCUGCUGAGAUGUCUCACUCUGAGGUUGUUGGUCGUUCUCAUUAAAAACUACAUUUGUACCAUC